UUGUGUCACUCCCGAGAUGUUGUCCCUCCGAGUGCCACCGGGCAGCAGUGACAGUUCCGCUGCACAGCCCCGAGGCGUAGGGCUGUGUGUGUGUAUAACGCUGUGCAGUUGCGCUGUUGUCGUCUUCUCAAUGCAGCGGGGACAGUGGGGGGGGAGCACUGUGCAUUGGCUCUGCGGGGUGACAACAGCCCUUGGUCCUCAGACCCAGCCUUUGCAUCUCUCUGUGCGGGUACGCAUGCAUAUAGCACAAAAAAAAAUGAUAUUUGGUAGCUGAGAAGUUGCUCUGUCGGUGAGCAUGGUUGUGCUCUUUGCUGCUGUUGGAAUUUCCAUGAAAACAAACGGGAGGCAUUACUUUCGGAGCAGCCAACGUGCUUGUAAGAGGUGGACCCGUGGUUACGUAGGGAACUCCCAACCACGAGGCAGCGACCAAGCCUGGCUUGGAACGGGGGAGCACCUUGAAAAAUACACGCCAUUAAUUAGCGUGAUCACCAUUCAGCCCAAUCUGCAGCGAAGCAUUGGGGGCGGCGCUUGAUAACAAUACCCAUCGGUCAACCGUGAUUAAUAACUUGAUUAAUCAAAACUUGGCGUUGUUUAAUUAAUAAGCUCGGGCUUGUGCUAUUUCACAGAACACGGUGGGUGAAUGCAUUCACUGCGGAAUUCGUGCAGAGAACACCCUUGUAGUGUAAUUUUCAUCCUUUCACGAGGCUCCCGGAAAGGAUAACAUGGUUGGAGAUAUGGUUUUAAUGCAUAGUGAUCCCUAUGGGUCCCUUCUGACUCGGGGUAUUCUGUAGUAAUUAGUGCUGUGUGUUUGAUUGGUGUUUUUGCUCUUCUGACCAUGAGAGGGCAACAUACGAGCAAUCAUCGUUGCACGGACAAGAGUGGCUUUGCAUUAGACCUCCCAUCCCAAAGCGUUCGUUGCCUGGGUUGGUGGUUUUGGAUGCACUGAAGCCUCGCUGGGUGCCAUCGUGUCCCCGGUUUGCGGGGAAUUAAAUCGGGAAGCGGAGGAAUCCUGAUGCAAAGAGCUGGCAGCUCCUCCCUGCCCGUCCCCGUGGGAGCUCGGCCUCUGCCUCCCUCCCUCUGAUGGGGUCAGAGCGCCCAAUGCUGCAGCCCUUUGGUGCUGAGCUGAUGCCACCCCCAGCACCCCGUGCCCGCUUCCUGUUCCCCCCCACCCCGCCACAGCACCAGCUCAGCACCCACCCUGAGCUCGGGCCCCUCUCAUAGAGUCAUUAGAGUUGGAAAGGACCUCUAAGAUCACCCAGUCCAACGCCGACCCCUCCCACCGUGCCCACUGCCCUCCGUGCCACAUCCCCACGUUCCUUAAACCCCUGCAGGGUCAGUGACCCCACCGCUCCCCGGGCAGCCCAUGCCAGCGCCUGACUGCUCUUUCAAAGAAGGAAUUUCUCCUAAUAUCCAACCCAAACCUUGAAGAUGGGGCCGUGGAGCUCGGGACAACCCUUGCAGGCUCCCUGCUCUGUGCGUUGCACGUGAUUCUCUGCCCCACGUGCCAGCUGGGCGCUCCCCAGGCGUUGGCACUCUGCUUUUCCUGUUCUCCGUGGCGUGCAGGCGCUCGGUGCCAGGCUCCCUCCUGGCUGCGCACUGUGAGCUCCUCGGUGCCUCUCGGGGGCAGAAUGCGGCACCGCACCAUCCACCUCUUCCGGAAGGGCCUCCGGCUGCACGACAACCCGGCGCUGCUGGCCGCGCUGCAGUCCUCCGAGGUCGUCUACCCCGUCUACAUCCUGGACAGAGCCUUCAUGACGUCCGCCAUGCACAUAGGGGCCCUGCGGUGGCAUUUCCUGCUGCAGUCCUUGGAGGAUUUGCGGAACAGUUUGUGCCAGCUGGGUUCCUGCUUGCUGGUCAUUCAAGGAGACUACGCGUCGGUCGUCAGAGAUCACGUCCAGAAGUGGAACAUCACGCAGGUGACUCUGGACGCGGAGAUGGAGCCCUUCUACAAGGAGAUGGAGGCCAACAUUCGGGCUCUGGGGGAAGAGCUGGGGUUCGAGGUGCUCUCGCUGGUGGGCCACAGCCUCUACAAUACCCAACGGGUUUUGGAGCUGAAUGGUGGGGCUCCCCCACUGACAUACAAGAGGUUCCUCCGCAUUCUCUCUGUGCUCGGGGACCCGGAGGUGCCUGUCCGAAACCUCACAGCCGAGGACUUCCAGAGGUGCAGCCCCCCCGAGCUGAGCCUGGCUGAGCGCUACGGGGUCCCUUUGCCCACGGAUCUGAAGAUCCCCCCCGAGAGCAUCUCCCCGUGGAGGGGAGGGGAGAGCGAAGGGCUGCAGCGCCUGGAGCGGCACCUGGCCGACCAGGGCUGGGUGGCGCGUUUCACCAAACCAAAAACAGUCCCAAAUUCGCUGCUUCCAAGCACCACCGGCCUGAGCCCCUAUUUCAGCAUGGGCUGCCUGUCAGUCCGCAGCUUCUUUUACAGGUUGUCAAACAUUUAUGCUCAGGCCAAGCACCACUCCCUGCCCCCUGUGUCGCUCCAAGGGCAGCUGCUGUGGAGGGAGUUCUUCUACACGGUGGCCUCAGCAACACCAAACUUCACCAAAAUGGCCGGGAACCCCAUCUGCCUCCAGAUCCGUUGGUAUGAGGAUGCUGAGAGGCUCCACAAAUGGAAAACGGCUCAGACGGGGUUCCCGUGGAUUGAUGCCAUCAUGACCCAGCUGCGGCAGGAGGGCUGGAUCCACCACCUUGCCCGGCACGCUGCUGCCUGCUUCCUGACCCGCGGGGACCUCUGGAUCAGCUGGGAGGAGGGCAUGAAGGUGUUUGAAGAGCUGCUUUUAGAUGCUGACUACAGCAUCAACGCAGGGAACUGGAUGUGGUUGUCAGCCAGUGCCUUCUUCCACCACUACACACGGAUCUUCUGCCCCGUCCGUUUCGGGAGGCGCACAGACCCCGAGGGGCAGUACAUCCGGAAGUACUUGCCUAUUCUAAAGAACUUUCCCUCUAAAUACAUCUACGAGCCCUGGAUGGCCUCUGAAGAGGAGCAGAAGCAAGCAGGAUGUAUCAUAGGUCGGGAUUACCCCUUCCCGAUGGUGGACCACAAGGCAGCCAGCGAUCACAACCUGCAGCUGAUGAAGCAGGUCCGAGAGGAGCAGUACAGAACAGCCCAGCUCACCAGAGAUGAUGCAGAUGACCCAAUGGAAAUGAAGCUGAAGCGAGAUCGCUCUGAGGAAAACUUAACAAAGACAAAAGCAGCCAGGAUGACAGAGCAAACCUAGGUCCCAUCGGGGAUUACCCACCCUCUGGGAACUGAGGAAUGGCAGAAGGGAGAGCUGAGGCCAUCUGAGCAGGAGGAGCUGCACUCAGUGCUUUGCCCUGCGUGUGCUGCUCCUGGUUGCAAAACAACCUCCAGCAAAAGCUCUGCAUCUUCCCUGUAUUUGUUACUGCAGUUAUUUUGAGUGAAUUUGUCUACCUGUUAGUGGCUUAGUAGUCAUUUGUUGCAGCCAUAGGUAAUGGAUGCGUUUCUAUGUUGCUAUUGUUCAAAUCCACUCGAUGUUCACACAUCUUUAUAAACAGUUUUAAUGAUAAAUGCCACUCUUUCCAACGUGACAAAUACAUGCCAGUUUAAGAAUAAAUGUAUAUUAAUGUGUUCACACAUUAGUGUUAAAAGCGGGAUUUGCCUGUCCUGGGUAGACAGGCAAAUUUUAAGGGCAUUGAUGAAAAGUUUCUCAGUGGGUUAGGGCUGGUGUGCAGCUUCACCAAAGCUGUCCUUCCUGGCUUAUUCCUCUAGAACUGUAGGAUAGGUGUUAUUUCUAUCAUGUACCACGUGUAAAAAUUCCCCCUCCCAUUGGAAUGGCUCCUUUUGAAGCGUCCCAAGGCUGAGUAGUCCAUUUUAUUUGCUAUGGUUGGGGUUUUGGCAGGGGUCAGAGGAGACGAGUGGGUUUUCAUCACCGUGGAGACUCUUUUGUAUAUAAAAGAAAAAAAAAGGAUUUCCGACAUGAAAAA